AUGGGCCUCACCAACCCCGUCACCCAGACCCCCACCUCGUCGCAGCCCUUCAACCGACUCAUCUCCCUAGACGCCCCUGCCCCAUCCCUGGCGGACUUCGAGCGCCUCUGCUCCCAAACCACGGACGGCACCCUCUACCCGCACGCCAGGACCAUCACCCAAAACAUCCCCAUCUACAGCACGCGCACGCUCAGCCUGACCGACGCCGGCGCCCUGGCCGCCGUGCAAAACGAAUGGUAUCACAUCCUCUCGGCGGGGCCGGGGAUCUUCGUCCUGCAACACUUCUACGACCAGCACGACCAAGCGACCCUCACCGCCACGACCGCCGCCUUCACGCGCAUCAUCGCCCACGAAGCAUCCGCCGGCGUCAAGGGCGACCACUUCUCGACGGGCCACAACGCCCGCAUCUGGAACAGCUUCAGCAAGCACGCCUUCGCCGACCCCGCCUCCUUCGUGUCGUACUACUCCAACCCGUGGCUCCGCGCCGUCAGCGAAACCUGGCUCGGGCCGGGGUACCGCCUCACCGCGCAGGUCAACAUCGUCCGCCCCGGGGGGCCCGCCCAGGCCCCGCACCGUGACUACCACCUCGGCUUCCAGGACGACCGCACCUGCGCCCUGUUUCCCAGGGGAAUGCACGCCGCCAGCGCCUGCCUCACGCUGCAGGGCGCCGUCGCCCACUCCGACAUGCCGGAGCGCAGCGGGCCCACGCGCUUCCUGCCGUUCAGCCAGCGCUUCGAGCCCGGGUAUCUGGCCUGGCGGCGCGAGGAGUUUCGGGCGUUCUUUGAAAGGCGGUAUGUGGCGCUGCCGCUGCGGGAGGGGGACGCGGUGUUCUUCAACCCGGCGGUGAUGCAUGCCGCCGGCGAGAAUCGUUUGGCGGCCGAGAGUGGGUUUGAGAGACGGGCGAAUUUGUUGCAGAUUGGGGCGGCGGUCGGGAAGACUAUGGAGAGCGUGGAUGUUGUGGCUGUUGUGGAGGCGGUGUGGGAGGAGGUUAGGAGGCGGUUUGAUGCUGAGGAUCAUGCUGAGGCUGGGAAGAAGGAGGGGGAGGGGGAGGAGCUGGAGGCGCACUGGGAGGCGUUCGUCCGGGCGCUUGGGGAAGGGUACCCGUUCCCUACGAACCUGGAUCGUCGGCCGCCAGCGCCGAAUGGCAUGGCGCCGGAGAGUGAGCAGGACUUGAUCAGGAGGGGGCUGUUGGAUGGCUGGGGCAAGGAGGAAAUGGUCGCCCGGUUGCGCCAGUUGCAUGAGGACGAGAAGGGUCAUCAGUCUCUCUAA